GAGCGGGAGCGGAGCGGAGGUGAAGGAGAAUGGCGUCCCAGCCGCCGCCUCCUCCCAAACCCUGGGAGACCCGCCGAAUUCCGGGGGCUGGGCCGGGGCCGGGACCCGGACCCACUUUCCAAUCCGCUGACUUGGGUGCUAGUUUCUUGACAAGACCAGGACAGCCAGCACUUACCAGGGUGCCCCCACCCAUCCUUCCAAGGCCAUCACAGCAGACGGGAAGCAGCAGUGUGAAUACUUUCAGACCUGCUUACAGUUCCUUUUCCUCGGGAUAUGGCGCCUAUGGAAAUUCCUUUUAUGGAAGCUAUAGCCCGUACAGCUAUAGCUAUAAUGGGUUGGGGUAUAACCGCUUCCGUGUCGACGAUCUGCCCCCAAGUCGGUUUGUUCAGCAAGCAGAAGAGAGCAGCAGAGGUGCGUUUCAGUCCAUCGAGAGCAUCGUGCACGCCUUUGCCUCUGUCAGUAUGAUGAUGGACGCCACCUUCUCAGCCGUCUACAACAGUUUCAGGGCCGUGCUGGAUGUCGCAAAUCACUUUUCCAGACUGAAAAUACACUUCACAAAAGUCUUUUCUGCUUUUGCACUAGUCAGGACUAUUCGGUACCUUUAUCGACGGUUACAGCGGAUAAUGGGGUUGAGAAGAGGCUCUGAGAAUGAGGACCUGUGGGCAGAAAGUGAAGGAACUGUGGCUUGCCUUAGCGCCGAGGACAGGGCUAACUCAGCAAAAUCCUGGCCAAUAUUCUUGUUCUUUGCUGUUAUCCUCGGGGGUCCUUACCUCAUCUGGAAACUGCUGUCUACCAACAAUGAUGAAGUAACAGACAGCACCAACUGGGCAAGUGGUGAAGAUGAUCACGUAGUUGCUCGGGCAGAGUACGAUUUUCAUGCCAUGUCUGAAGAAGAAAUUUCUUUCCGUGCCGGUGAUAUGCUAAACUUGGCUCUCAAAGAACAGCAGCCCAAAGUGCGUGGUUGGCUUCUGGCCAGUCUCGAUGGUCAGACAUCAGGAUUUAUACCUGCGAAUUAUGUCAGAAUUCUUGGUAAAAGAAAGGGUAGGAAAACGAUGAAAUCAGAUAAAAUCUCCAAGCAACAGCAGUCUGUGGCCAACGCAACGCUCCUGAAAGGAGCCAGUGCUGCGGAUUCAUUGGAGGAACAGGAAGCUGCCUUUGAAUCUGUUUUUGUUGAAGGUAACAAGGCUCCAGCUGCACCUGGUGCCACUGGGCCAAAUGAAGACAGACAAGGACUUUGA